GUGGUCACGUGACGCGCUCCAACAUGGCGGCGCCGUGGGGCCGCGGCGUCGCUUCCUGACGGGGUGGUGCGGAUGGACGCGGCGGGUGCCGGCCGGGACGCGGGGCCCGCAGCCUCGUUGGGUCGCUCGCUCGUGCCGCCCGCCCGCGGGGCUGCCAGCCCCCGCCGGGCUGGGGCCAUGCAGGAGAGCCAGACCAAGAGCAUGUUCGUGUCCCGGGCCCUGGAGAAGAUCCUAGCCGACAAGGAGGUGAAGCGGCCCCAGCACUCCCAGCUGCGCAGGGCCUGCCAGGUGGCGCUCGAUGAAAUUAAAGCAGAAAUAGAAAAGCAGAGGCUUGGCACCGCUGCACCACCAAAGGCAAACUUCAUUGAAGCUGACAAGUAUUUCCUUCCAUUUGAGCUAGCUUGCCAGUCCAAGUCCCCACGGGUGGUCAGCACGUCCCUCGACUGCUUGCAGAAACUCAUCGCAUAUGGGCACAUCACUGGCAACGCCCCAGACAGUGGAGCUCCAGGGAAGCGGCUGAUUGACAGGAUCGUUGAAACCAUUUGCAAUUGUUUUCAGGGCCCUCAGACUGAUGAAGGAGUCCAGUUACAAAUAAUUAAGGCUCUUCUGACUGCAGUGACAUCCCCGCAUAUUGAAAUUCAUGAGGGCACUAUCCUACAGACGGUUAGGACGUGUUACAACAUCUAUUUGGCCAGCAAAAAUCUCAUCAAUCAAACCACUGCCAAGGCCACCCUCACUCAGAUGCUGAAUGUCAUUUUCACCCGCAUGGAAAACCAAGUGUUGCAGGAGGCCAGAGAAUUGGAAAAAACAGCCCAGUCAAAACCCCAGUCCCCUGUGAUCCAAGCUGCAGCAGGGUCCCCAAAGUUCAGUCAUUUGAAGCAGAGCCAGGCACAAAGCAAACCAACAACUCCGGAAAAGACAGAUUUAAUCAACAGUGAACAUACCAGGAGUCAUUCUGGAAAAAUGAGCUCAGAGGACGGAGACGCACCCAGAGAGAGAGGCUCAUCGCUCUCAGGGGCUGAUGAUGGAGCCCAGGAGGUGGUGAAGGAGAUCUUAGAAGAUGUGGUCACCUCUGCUGUUAAAGAAGCAGCACAAAAGCACAGCCUGGCAGACCCUGAGAGGGCCCUUGGCGAACUGGAAGGCCAGGAAUGUGCUAUCCCACCAGCAGUGGACGAAAAUUCACAGACCAAUGGGAUAGCAGAUGACAGGCAGUCCUUGUCGUCAGCGGAUAACCUGGAAUCAGACACACAAGGACAUCAAGUGGUUGCUAGGUUCUCUCACAUCCUGCAGAAGGAUGCCUUCCUCGUGUUUCGCUCCCUUUGCAAGCUGUCCAUGAAACCGCUUGGUGAAGGGCCCCCAGAUCCGAGAUCCCACGAGCUGCGCUCCAAGGUGGUUUCCCUGCAGCUGCUCCUCUCCGUGUUGCAGAACGCUGGCCCCGUCUUCAGGACCCACGAGAUGUUCAUCAACGCGAUCAAGCAAUAUCUCUGUGUGGCGUUGUCCAAAAACGGCGUCUCUUCAGUGCCUGACGUCUUUGAGCUCUCUCUGGCCAUUUUUCUUACUCUUCUUUCAAACUUUAAAAUGCACUUGAAAAUGCAGAUAGAGGUAUUUUUCAAAGAGAUUUUCCUGAACAUUUUAGAAACAUCAACAAGUUCUUUUGAACACAGGUGGAUGGUCAUUCAGACUCUGACAAGGAUCUGCGCAGAUGCCCAAUGUGUUGUAGAUAUUUAUGUCAACUACGACUGUGAUUUAAAUGCUGCUAACAUUUUUGAGCGCCUCGUAAAUGAUUUAUCCAAAAUCGCUCAGGGAAGAAGUGGACAUGAGCUGGGAAUGACACCUCUUCAGGAGCUCAGUCUGAGGAAGAAAGGUCUGGAGUGCCUUGUUUCCAUUCUCAAGUGCAUGGUGGAGUGGAGCAAAGACCUGUAUGUGAACCCCAACCACCAGACCAACCUUGGUCAGGAGAGGCCCACAGAUCAGGAUAUGGGGGAUGGGAAAGGCCUUGACAUGGCGAGACGGUGCAGCGUGACGUCCAUGGAGUCCACGGUGUCCUCAGGGACCCAGACGACUGUCCAGGAUGAUCCGGAGCAGUUUGAGGUCAUCAAGCAACAAAAAGAGAUCAUUGAGCACGGCAUUGAGCUGUUCAACAAGAAACCGAAGAGAGGGAUCCAGUUUCUCCAGGAGCAGGGCAUGCUGGGAACAUCAGUUGAAGAGAUUGCCCAGUUCCUGCACCAGGAGGAGCGUCUAGAUUCUACCCAAGUAGGUGAUUUUCUGGGAGACAGCACAAAGUUCAACAAGGAGGUGAUGUAUGCCUAUGUGGACCAACUUGACUUCUGUGAGAAGGAGUUUGUCUCUGCCCUUCGGACAUUUCUAGAAGGCUUCCGCCUACCUGGGGAGGCCCAGAAGAUUGAUCGCUUAAUGGAGAAGUUUGCUGCAAGAUAUAUAGAGUGCAACCAGGGGCAAACUCUGUUUGCUAGUGCCGACACUGCGUACGUCCUAGCAUAUUCGAUUAUUAUGCUAACUACAGACUUGCACAGCCCUCAGGUAAAAAAUAAAAUGACAAAAGAACAGUAUAUUAAAAUGAAUCGAGGCAUCAAUGAUAGUAAAGAUCUACCGGAAGAAUAUCUCUCAAGCAUCUAUGAAGAGAUUGAAGGCAAGAAAAUUGCAAUGAAAGAAACAAAAGAGCACACGAUCGCAACCAAAUCUACUAAGCAAAGUGUAGCCAGUGAAAAGCAGCGGCGGCUGCUGUACAACUUGGAGAUGGAGCAAAUGGCUAAAACAGCCAAAGCUCUGAUGGAGGCUGUGAGCCACGCCAAAGCCCCAUUUACGAGUGCCACUCACUUGGACCACGUUCGGCCCAUGUUCAAACUGGUGUGGACACCGCUGUUGGCAGCCUACAGCAUCGGACUGCAGAACUGUGACGACACCGAGGUGGCCUCCCUGUGCUUGGAGGGCAUCCGGUGUGCGAUCCGGAUUGCCUGCAUCUUUGGCAUGCAGCUGGAGCGAGAUGCCUAUGUUCAGGCUCUUGCUCGCUUCUCCCUGCUGACGGCCAGCUCCAGCAUCACAGAAAUGAAGCAGAAGAACAUCGACACCAUAAAGACGCUUAUCACUGUGGCUCACACUGAUGGCAACUACCUGGGGAAUUCCUGGCACGAGAUCUUGAAAUGCAUCAGCCAGCUGGAGCUCGCUCAGCUCAUAGGAACCGGGGUGAAGACCCGCUACCUGUCUGGGUCUGGGCGUGAACGAGAAGGGAGCCUGAAGGGCCACACGCUGGCGGGAGAAGAGUUCAUGGGCCUUGGCCUCGGUAAUUUGGUGAGUGGUGGAGUGGACAAAAGACAGAUGGCCAGUUUCCAGGAAUCGGUUGGUGAGACCAGCUCGCAGAGUGUGGUCGUGGCUGUAGACAGAAUUUUUACUGGCUCUACUAGACUGGAUGGAAAUGCAAUAGUUGACUUUGUCCGCUGGCUGUGUGCCGUGUCCAUGGAUGAGCUGGCUUCCCCCCACCAUCCCCGCAUGUUCAGCUUGCAGAAGAUUGUGGAGAUAUCCUACUACAACAUGAAUAGGAUCCGACUGCAGUGGUCCCGGAUAUGGCAUGUGAUUGGAGAUCACUUCAAUAAGGUUGGCUGUAACCCUAAUGAAGACGUGGCUAUCUUUGCCGUUGACUCAUUAAGGCAACUCUCCAUGAAGUUUCUUGAGAAGGGAGAAUUAGCCAACUUCCGUUUCCAGAAGGAUUUUCUGAGGCCCUUUGAGCAUAUCAUGAAGAAAAACAGGUCACCAACUAUCCGGGACAUGGUGAUCCGCUGCAUCGCCCAGAUGGUUAACUCCCAGGCAGCCAACAUCCGCUCAGGUUGGAAGAACAUCUUUGCCGUGUUCCACCAGGCAGCCUCAGACCACGAUGGGAACAUCGUGGAGCUGGCCUUCCAGACCACAGGCCACAUCGUCACAACUAUUUUCCAGCACCAUUUCCCUGCAGCCAUCGAUUCCUUUCAGGACGCUGUGAAGUGCUUGUCGGAGUUCGCCUGCAACGCCGCUUUCCCGGACACCAGCAUGGAAGCCAUCCGGCUCAUCCGCUUCUGCGCGAAAUACGUCUCUGAGAGGCCUCGGGUGCUACAAGAAUACACAAGUGACGACAUGAAUGUGGCUCCUGGUGACAGAGUCUGGGUCCGAGGCUGGUUCCCCAUCCUGUUUGAGCUCUCCUGCAUCAUCAAUAGGUGCAAGCUAGAUGUGCGGACAAGAGGCCUCACAGUCAUGUUCGAGAUCAUGAAGAGCUAUGGCCACACCUUUGAAAAGCACUGGUGGCAGGACCUGUUCAGAAUCGUGUUCAGAAUUUUUGACAACAUGAAGCUGCCAGAGCAACAGUCGGAGAAAUCUGAGUGGAUGACAACAACUUGCAAUCACGCACUUUAUGCUAUUUGUGAUGUAUUUACCCAGUUUUAUGAAGCUUUGAAUGAAGUUCUUCUUUCUGAUAUAUUUGCACAGUUGCAGUGGUGUGUAAAACAAGAUAAUGAGCAGCUGGCGCGAUCAGGUACAAACUGCUUAGAAAACUUAGUAAUAUCCAAUGGAGAAAAAUUCAGCCCUGAUGUCUGGGAUAGAACAUGCAAUUGUAUGAUGGAUAUUUUCAAAACAACUAUCCCACAUGUUCUGCUGACAUGGAGGCCUGCAGGAAUGGAGGAGGAUUCAUCAGAAAAACACUUGGAUGUGGAUCUGGACCUCCAGUCUCUAAGCAGCAUGGAUAAAAACGCCUCUGAGAGAGGCCAGAGCCAGCUCUCCAACCCCACCGACGAGAGCUGGAAGGGUAGACCAUAUGCAAAUCAGAAACUGUUUGCCAGCCUCCUCAUCAAGUGUGUGGUCCAGCUGGAAUUGAUACAGACCAUUGACAACAUCGUGUUCUACCCUGCAACGAGCAAAAAGGAAGAUGCGGAGCACAUGGUCGCUGCCCAGCAAGACACGCUGGAUGCAGACAUCCACAUAGAGACGGAGGAUCGGGGCAUGUAUAAGUGCAUGUCUUCCCAGCACCUCUUCAAGCUGUUGGACUGCUUGCAGGAGUCCCAUUCAUUCUCGAAAGCCUUCAAUUCCAACUACGAGCAGCGGACUGUCCUGUGGCGAGCAGGUUUUAAGGGCAAGUCUAAACCCAAUCUUCUAAAACAAGAAACCAGCAGCCUGGCCUGUUGUCUGAGGAUCCUGUUUCGAAUGUAUGUUGAUGAGAACCGCAGGGAUUCCUGGGAAGAAAUACAGCAGCGACUUUUAAACGUGUGCAGUGAAGCUCUUGCCUACUUCAUCACGGUGAACUCGGAAAGCCACCGGGAGGCCUGGACCAGUCUCCUGCUGUUACUUCUAACAAAAACCCUCAAAAUAAAUGAUGAAAAGUUCAAAGCACAUGCUUCAAAGUACUACCCCUACUUGUGUGAAAUUAUGCAGUUUGACCUGAUUCCUGAGCUUCGAGCAGUUCUGCGGAAGUUCUUCCUACGGAUAGGUGUUGUGUUUAAGAUAUGGAUUCCAGAAGAGCCAUCACAGGUACCAGGGACCCUGUCACCAAUGUGGUAGCCCUGGCCCCUGCGGGCCCCUGCUGCUUCUCUGCAGAACGUCCACCAUGCCACCUCUGCCUGGCACGUCUCCUGAAGGGGCAGGUCAUCGAAACGAGUCAGCGCCUUGGAGCUCUGAAUGGUCUGGACAAAGAUGGCCUCUGCGUCGGUCCCAUCAGAGUCCCUGACGAGGGCGUGUGGUCCUUCACUAAAUGCAGUAGGCGGGGAGUCUGUUUCAUCUCUGUCAUUCCAUUUUACUGCUUGAACUGCCUGUCAGGCCCGCCGUUGCACAUGCCACUGUCCUCUUCUAGGAGGUCCCACAACUGCCCGUGAGUGUUUCGUCAGAGGAGGCUGCUCUCCUUGAAAAUACUGGACGUGGCUGUAUAGGUUCGUGAUUGUUAAAGAGUCUGUUAAUAAAAUUUCUUGUAACGGCUAAGUGCCACCUAAAAUAUGCUGGGUUUUUGUUGUUUGAGUGUGUUAAAGAAGUUUGAGUGUUUUUGUCAGUUGUGAGUCAGCGGUAGUUAGAGUAGUUUGGGGUAAGGUAGGGGACAAAAGGGUUUUUCUUUUCCCUGUUUUGUUUAUGUCUGAGUGAUUUUUAAAGUAUUUUACAAAAACAUAUUAUUGAAGAUUUGAUUAAAGGCAGAGUUUAGGAAGUAAGUUAGAAGAGCGAGCUUGCAAGGUUAAAGAAAAUGUAGUGCCUCCUGACUCUCCAUUUUAGGACCUGGGGGAGAAAAAGUCUACAGGAAAAAGGAAAAAAUUUAAUGAAGAUGAUUAGCCUUCCUUGAAGAAAGUAUUUGUGGUAGAUGGGUAUUAAAUUAAAAUUACCAGAAUACAUUGUCCAUCUCACACCCCCUGAAGUCGUAAUAUAUGACGUA